AUGGCUACUGGUAAAACUUUAUGUUUAACAACAGUGCUACAACAUUUGUCUUACAAACACGUAUUUAUCGACUGCAUCGAAUGUUAUACACCCAAAAUUAUGUACGAAGCCAUUGUCAGUGGAUUUAAUGAAAAUUUAGCGGAUGUAAAAUGCGAUUCACUGUGGGAACUUAUAAAUAAAUUGAACGCGUUAGGCAACGAACAAACCAGCUACGAGCCGUUCAUAUUAGUGUUCGAUAGAGCCGAGAGACUCCGAAACAUGGAUCACAGUAUUAUGUGCACGUUCCUACGACUGCGCGAGUUUUGUAACCUAAACAUUUGCACCAUAUUCGUCACCCAUCUAAUUUACGAUAAUUUUUAUUUUAAAAUGGGCGUUCGAGAACCUAUAAAGUUAUUUUUCCCUAACUAUAACAAAGAGGAGCUGUUUAAAAUUAUAUUUAUGCAUCAGAAGUCCUUUGUGCGAUACUUGACAUGUAAUCAUGACAUUGACUGUGAUAUAAAAGAAGAAUUGGAGAAGCCCGAGUUGUUUGCAAACUUUCUUAACGCAUUCUUGAGCGUGUUCUACCGACCGUGUCGCGAUUUAAUUGAAUUACAACACAUGGCGAGAGUAAAUUUCGUGAAAUAUUGUGAACCGAUUGUAAAGAAUGAAAUCAAAUCCACUGAUCUCUCUAAAUUGUGGCGGCACAUUGCACCAAUACUGAAAACUAGUUUGGAAUUAUUAUAUUUGAGAGUUAACUCGUCUAAACCAAUGGUGCCUUCACCCGGUAAGGAAAACACAGAUAGGAUGGAACUACAGACAUAUAAUUUUGAAAACACUCUCAAAGAAGAAUUGUUAUCAACCAAAACUUUUGCACAAAGUUUUGAAUUACCUUAUUAUGCAAAAUUUUUAUUAAUCGCUGCUUACUUGGCCAGUUAUAACCCACCAAAAGAGGACAAGCGGCUGUUUAUGAAAAAUCAUGGAAAACAGAGAAAACGCUUACAGCAAGUGAAAGCAAAGGCUAAAAUAAGUGAAAAACUAAGCACACAGCUAGGUCCAAAAAUCUUUACAUUAGAUAGGCUACUCGCAAUAUUUUAUGCUAUUCUAGAGGAAAAAAUUGGUUUGACGAGUAACUUAUUGGCUCAAAUAGCAACUUUGGUUGAACUAAAACUUAUUGCGGGGAGUAAAGAAAUAGAUCUGGAUACUUCUAAAUACAAGUGCAUUGUAGGCUAUGACUUUAUCUCUGCGGUGGCUCAAACUGUCGGUUUUAAUGUUAGAAAAUAUUUAUAUGACUUUAUU